GUCAAAAGAUUACGUCACCUGUCAUCACUUACUAACCUCAAAAAAAUUGGUUUUUAAUUUUUUUAAAAACACGAACAGAAAUGGAAAUCUCGCAGACUGAACUAGAUUUAAGUAAAGUUUGCCACGCGUGUCUUGCUGUGGACACAAAAGUGCAACAAUUCACUGAAUCAGAUGCCGACCAUGCCCACAUUUUGCCGAUUUUCAAAGAGUUCACCUCUUUGGAGUUGAAUGACUACGGAAACAUACCUUUAUUUUUUUGCAACACAUGUGUACUUAAAGUGGAAGAAUUUUAUUCGUUUAAAGAAAUGUGUCUCAAGUCUCAUGAUACAAUUCUUACAAUUUUAAAAGAGAACGUAAUUGUCUGUGAGGAGGAAAAAGAAGAAAUACCUUUGGUACAGUUUGAGACAAUUAGUGAAGAUACAGAAAUUGUCAAAAAAGAGGCCAAUACAGAGAUGCAGAGCAAAGAUUUAGAUUUGCAUUCUAAUGAAGAAGAAGGGGAAAAACGUCCGUUUAUGUGCGUGAUUUGUCGCGAAGGCUUCAAAAACACAGAAGAGUUCACCAAACACAAUGACCUGGUUCACUGCACAAAUGACUACAAGUGUUCACUUUGUUCCGAAGGUUUCACCAACCCUUUCCUCCUGACUGAACACCUAAAAAUCCACAAAAACACAAAAACCGCCCACAAUGUUUACAGCUGCGGCAGAUGCGACAACACGUACAAAACCCUUCAAGGCCUCCAAGUCCACGUGUAUUCGCAUCUCGGACUGCGCCCCUACAAAUGCUCUGUCUGCCCUAAAAGCUUCACCAAACCCACGGCCUUGAAAACCCACGAAGACCUCCAUUCAGGCGUCCGCAAAUUCACAUGCACAGAAUGUGGCAAAGGUUACAGCUACAAGCUGGAAUUGCGCCGCCACCAAGUCGUCCACACGGGGCUACGGCCCUUCAAAUGCGAACAGUGCCCCACCACGUUCGCAUUCGUGCGCGAUUUAACAAUUCACAUGAGGAUCCACACGGGGGAAAAACCCUACUUGUGCCCAACGUGUGGCAAAGCUUUCAGACGAAUUUACCACCUCACAGUCCACAAACGCAUACACACGGGGGAAAAACCCCACAAGUGUAGUUUCUGCGAGAAGAGUUUCGCCCAAAAAGGCGACUGGAAGGCCCACGAGAGGCUGCACACGGGGGUGAAGCCCUAUGUGUGUCAAACGUGCGACAAGAGUUUCACCCAAUCUAGUGCUUUAACUACUCAUAUGAGAACGCACGAGGUGAAGCAGUGGGAUUGCCAGGUUUGUAGUAGGACUUUUCACAGACAGGGGAGUUAUAAAAAACAUAUGGGGGCACAUAAGAGGGCCCACAACAUUUAAUUGUAUUUAGGCGAAACGAAUUUCACAUUUUUGUGACCGCUAAAGUCGGUUAAAUACAGUUUCGGUUUGUAUUCAUUUUUCACUUUAUAUCGGGAAAAAAUUGCUUCAAAUAUUUGAUAAACAAACUCGAUUACGCUCAGGAUCGAACCUCCCAGACACAGGCCGAUGAGGCCGCCAACGGACGCUGAAAAUCUUUGUUACUAAAAGUUCGUCCAAGGACUUAACACUAGGAGGCGAUUUUGAUUUAAAAUCUCUCAAAAAAUUAAUGUUGUUUGUUAAAUAUAGCCCUUUCUAACACAAAAA